CAGUGACGUAGUGCAUCAUGGCGGCGCCCCACUCCACCAUGAAAUUCUGGAAACCCGGCUCGGAGGCUCCAGGUGUGUGUGAGGAGAGAGAUCUGAGCACUGAGACGACCGGCUCUCCCAUUUUCUUCAAUCCUCACACAGCUCUGACCAUUGAGAAGCAGAGACAGCGGCUGCCCGUCUUCAAGCACAGAAACAACAUCUUGUAUCUGGUGGAGAGUUUCCAGACGGUGGUGAUUGUCGGAGAGACAGGAUCAGGAAAAAGCACACAGAUCCCGCAGUAUCUGCUGGAGGCCGGCUGGGCGGCUGAAGGGAAGGUGAUCGGUGUAACUCAGCCUCGGCGAGUGGCCGCUACAUCUGUGGCCACCCGUGUGGCGGAGGAGAGAGGGGCGUUUCUGGGCCAUGAGGUGGGCUACACCAUCAGGUUUGACGACUGCUCUGAUCCACAAGCCACACGCAUAAAGUUUCUGACAGAUGGGAUGUUAGUUCGGGAGAUGAUGUCUGACCCACUGUUGAAGAAGUACAGUGUACUGAUACUGGAUGAAGCUCAUGAGAGGACGCUCUACACAGACAUCGCUAUCGGUCUUCUGAAGAAGAUUCUGAAGAAGCGGAGAGACCUGCGUUUGAUUGUAGCCUCGGCCACUCUGGAUGCCAAGAAAUUCCAGGACUUCUUCAACCUGAACGAGUCUGGAGACCCCAGUAAAGAUACCUGUGGGAUCCUGACGGUCGAGGGACGGACAUUCCCUGUGGACAUCUUCUACACCGUCAGCCCUGUGCCAGACUAUGUGAAGGCUACGGUGGAGACGGUGCUGAAGAUCCAUGAGACGGAGGAUGAUGGAGACGUGUUGGCCUUUCUCACAGGACAGGAGGAGGUGGAGAAGGUGGUGUCUCUGCUGCAGGAACAGGCCAGAACUCUGUCCCGCUACGGGAUGAAGAAGCACCUGUGUGUCCUGCCCAUGUACGCCGGUCUGCCCUAUAAUGAGCAGAUGAGGGUGUUCGAGAGGAUGGCUCCUACUGUCCGAAAGGUUGUGGUAGCGACCAAUAUAGCGGAGACAUCGAUCACUAUUAAUGGAGUGGUGUUUGUGAUUGACUGCGCAUUUGUCAAAAUAAGAGCGUAUAAUCCCAGGACAGCCAUCGAAUCUCUGAUUGUCACACCAAUCUCUAAAGCAUCGGCCUGUCAGAGAGCUGGACGAGCCGGACGAAACCGAGCAGGGAAAUGUUUCCGUCUGUACACAGAGGAGGACUUUGAGAAGCUGCCUGAGUCUACUGUUCCCGAGAUGCAGCGCUCCAAUCUGGCUCCGGUCAUCCUGCAGCUCAAAGCUCUGGGCAUCGACAACGUGCUGCGCUUCAGCUUUCUGUCUCCUCCACCGGCUCAGUCUAUGGUUCAGGCUCUGGAGCUGCUGUUCGCUCUCGGAGGUCUGGAUCAGUACGGCCGUCUUACUGACCCCAUGGGAGUGCGGAUGGCGGAGUUUCCUCUUAGCCCCAUGUUUGCAAAGAUGCUCAUGGAGUCUGGAAACUUCGGCUGCUCCAAAGAGAUCGUCACUAUAGCGGCAAUGAUGCAGAUCCAGAACAUUUUCGUGGCGCCACACAAUCAGAGGAAAUCGGCCGCGCGGGAGCACAGGAAGUUUGCUGUGGCUGAAGGUGAUCAUCUCACCAUGCUGAAUGUGUAUGAAGCCUUCAUAAAGCAUCAGAAGAGCUCUCAGUGGUGUCAGGAUCACUUCCUCAAUUAUAAAGGUCUCUUGCGUGCCACCGCCGUCCGAGAGCAGCUACGACACCUGCUCAACAAGUUCAAGGUGCCGCGCACAUCCAGUGAAGGGGAUCCGGAUGUGAUUCUCAGAUGUAUCGUCUCUGGGUUUUUUGCCAACGCAGCCCGUAUGCAUCACUCAGGCUCCUACAGGACUCUUCGUGACGACCGAGAGCUGUACAUUCACCCUGAUUCAGUGCUGUAUGGAGAAAAGCCCCCAAAAUGGGUGGUCUUCAAUGAAGUGGUUCAGACCAGCAAGUACUACAUGCGGGACGUGACGGCGGUGGAGUCGUCCUGGCUGGUGGAGCUGGCGCCGCACUUCUACAAACAGGCCAAACACGGGUCUCUGAACAGCAAACGAGCCAAAGUCUUCUGAGCGACUGCAUUCACAUCUCUUACAUCUGGAUGUAUUCCUGACCCAUAGUUACAGCAAGUGCUCCUGUGAAGAUGGAGACACCGUCACACACACACACACACACUCUGGGUGUUUAUUGCCACUGUACGGCGAAGGAAACACUGUGUUAUUUUGUACAUACAGAUGUAAAUGAUCUAUUUAUGCUGUCACGGUCAUCCUUGUGUUAUUGACUAGCUUUUUAGUGACGGUGGAGAGCCACUGGAACGAACCUGACUGUGAUUUUACUGUUUACUGAGAGUGACUGGACGGAUGGAUGGAUAUUAAUGUACAGCUUCACAACAUCGCACGACCCUCAACAGUUACCAUAUUAUGACUAGAAUAAGCUAUUUUUUACCAGUUAUUUCAAAGCCUCAUCGGAGAAAUACUGUGUAGCUCAAAUGUAGUGGCCUUUUAACCAUUAUGUGCCAGAUAUUAAUACAGUGUAGAACGUUUCCUAAUGUACUAUAUGGAAUGUACUAUUCAUUGUAGCUACACUUGUAAGCAUGCGACAAAAAGUGCCAUUUUUUUAUUUUGUGUGUGUCCCUUAUAUACCUUGUUGUGCCCCUCUGGCCUAGAAAACUGUGUUAUUAGAUGUAGUUCUUCAUUUAAUUUAGGAAAGAUCAGCCAUGAUUAGUUAAGCAUGGUGGGGAAAUAGCACAGUGAACAAGACGCCUCAGGGA